UGGAAAUUAGCUUUUGAAGAGCUAUUAACUGCCUCAAGAAAGCUAAAUGGAAAUUGAGAACAAUUGGGAACUGGGAAGUCUGAAAAAUUUUCCAUAAUUUAUAAUGAAAAAAAGAAAGCUUUCCAAACGGAACUCAAAACACAAUAACAAAAUUAGAAAUUUUUCUAAACUUCAUUCAUGAACAACCAAUAAGCAUUUUUUUUUUUUUUAGAGAACGAUACGGACAAACCCAUCGUCCUCUCUCUCUUUUCUCUCUCUAUCCUUUGUACAACUAGGGUUCCCAUUACAUUUACAGCAGCACAACCUAAAGAAAAUAUUCUUCUUCGAUUUCGCUGAUCUCGUCUUAGAAUCUGGUAAAGUUGUCGUCUUUAAUCUCGAUAUAAUAAUUUCCGUUGACGCCCUUGGCAGGCAUAAAUGAAAUCGGAGGAAUUGGGGGUAGAGUUGUGCUGAGUUUCAAAGAAACCCCCCGAGGAAUUGGAAGUAACGUCACCUUCGAUUGCUCUCAUUCUGGUCCCUGCGUUCCUUUCCCCUAUUCCGAUCGAAAAGCUACGUAAAACUGAUCGCUUUCUCCCUAGUAACGGAAGCACGGCGAGGCAAAACACAAUCAUUGAUGACUUCUUCAGAAGAUAGUAAAAAAACACUCCCUGAGGCUGCUUUCUUGUCUCAAGAGACAAUGCAGAAUCGGGAAGGGCUUCAAGCUGACGGAGAUAGAGAGUCUGUAAUUCCUGUUCCUAAGUCUGAAUACGAUGAUUGGUUAACUUUUCCCGACGAUGAUGUGACCCAGCAGCAAUCUACAUUUGGGAGAGAGGAAGCUGAGAAAAUUCCAUUUGUUGGUGACAAGGAGCCUCUCUCUUCACUGGCAGCGGAAUACCAAUCUGGCAGCACUAUCUUGUUAGAGAAAAUUAAGGUACUUGAUGAACAAUAUGCUGCCAUUCGGAGAACACGGGGAGAUGGGAACUGCUUUUAUCGGGGCUUUAUGUUUUCGUACCUUGAGCACAUUUUGGAAACACAAGAUAAAGCAGAAGCUGAUCGCAUCAAAAUCAAUGUUGAGCAAUGUAGAAAAACACUUCAGAGCUUGGGCUAUGCAGAAUUUACUUUUGAGGAUUUCUUUGCGCUCUUCAUGGAGCAGCUGGAAAGUGUUCUUGGAGGAAACGAAGCUCCUAUGAGCCAUGACGAGCUCAUACUUAGGAGUCGAGAUCAAUCAGUAUCUGACUAUGUUGUAAUGUUUUUCAGAUUUGUUACUUCUGGUGAAAUAAAAAAGCGCUCAGAGUUUUUCGAACCAUUCAUUGUGGGAUUAACAAAUGGAGCAAAUGGAACAGUAGAGCAGUUCUGCAAGUUGUCAGUGGAACCCAUGGGAGAAGAAAGUGAUCAUGUGCAUAUUACUGCCCUUUCAGAUGCAUUGGGUGUGCCCAUCCGCGUUGUGUACCUAGACCGCAGCUCAUGUGACACGAGCAGUGUUAGCGUAAAUCAUCAUGAUUUUGUUCCUGCUGGUGGUGAUUGUCCAAAUGCUAGUGGUAGCUCUGGGACAAUUACUCCCUUUAUUACGUUGCUAUAUCGCCCGGGUCAUUAUGAUAUUCUCUACCCCAAGUGACAUCCUCUCCGUUCCUGCUAUUGGCAAAUACCCCUGGUUAAUGAAUGAGGUUAUCAAGAAACAAGUUGACAAGGCAAUGCAUUCAGAGUGCUCUUUAAAUGUGAAAGCUCGCUUUUGUUUCUGAUGUAGACUUUUUUUCUCAAAAAGUGUUCAAACAUACUCGGAUGUGUGACUGGGACCAUAAGAUCAACGUUUCGUGAGAAACCUGUGAUAAUCAGCUCAAUAACUCAACUUGACAUUUGAUGACCCACCCCGUCUUUCUUUCUUUCUUUCCUUCCUUUUUUUUUUUUUUUUUUUUUUUAAAUGAGAAAUUGCAUUUUGGAAACAAGUGACCAUAGUCUGAAGAGUUUUGGUUAUAGGAUUACAGGGCAACCUGAGUCUUUACAAGUUGCGGACCCUUUUGCUAAUCAACGAGUUGUGGACCUUGUGAGAAUUACACUGUGGCUCAUACACUUGUCAACACAUGCUUCUUUUUUGGGAAACAUAAUACUGCAGGUUUUAAAAAGUAUACAACACAGCUACAAAAAGAAAGAUACUCGAGUUGUCGUCCUUUGAAUAAUAAGACGUUUAAAAGUUUACUGCAUAUUAAAAUUACAUUUACCGAUGAAAAUAUGAGAACUCUCCUUCAAGUUGGCGGUAGGCAAUGGGUUUUAGGAUCAAUAUGGUUGAAUUU